AUGGUUUGUGCAGCGUCCCUUCUAGUGCGCUGCACUCCUCCAGCAGCAGGUUUUGUCGUUGAAGAUGUCGUGGUUGACGAUGCUGUGGUUGACGAUGCUGUGGUUGACGAUGCUGUGGUUGACGAUGUUGUGCUUGAGUCCGUAGUUGAUGACGCCGCGGUGGUUGACUCUCCAGUCGUAGACGACACUGCACUCACCUGA